AUGCAACUUCCUCUGAACCCCACGGAAGAGCAUUAUCUCAAAAGAGAACUUUUGAAACAGGAACUUACACGAGAAAUUCAAUGUCUAAAUGAUCCUGAGGCUCUUCGUAAGUUUGGGUUCCCUUUCACAAGCGAGGACCCCAAAUUGUCGAGAAAGAAGUCUCAUCGUUCCAAGUCCUCAAAAUCAAAUAUCUCUGAGGCUUCAUCAGCGACAAGCCUUUCAAGCACUGAGUACCCCCUCUUGAGCCAUUUCUUACAGCAUUUUGUCAUGAAAAUGCCAUUGUUCUCGAGGGAUAUGAUUGAAAAGGAGGAGUUGUGGCAGCAGAAAGUACAAGUCUUUUUUGAACAUUUCAUGCAAUUGAAUUUCAGCUCCAGUUUUGAUCGUGAGGAGCUCACAAAACGGCGGAAACUUGGAAUCAAACUUUCAAAAAUCGUCCUUCUGAUGUACAAUUCAGGAAUCGGGAGCGUGCAAGAACCGCAAUACUUCGAACAAGACAAAUUUAAGCUCAGCGAUGGCAUGGAGCCAAGUUUUCGCCAACAGAAGAAUCUAGAUCAAUUCGUGAUGCCCAGCAAAGAGACUCUCAAAUUACUUCUUACUGAAGAGCCUUAUUUCAUAAACGGCUGGGACUUCAAUGUAGUGGCAGUGGCUCCUUAUUCUACGCUAUAUCCAGAACCACAGUCAAGGCCUAAAUCACCAAAGGCUCCUCCUGCAUCCUCGUCCGGCUGGAUGAAGUCUGCGUUAGCUUUCGCGCCCACAGCUUUCUCGGCACCCACUAAGCUAUUUUCCAAACUUUCACUUACAAACGAGUCCAGUGAAAAGCGCUACCAUUUCGUUAUCAAAGGAAGACAAGAAGGCUCGAAUGAACCUUGGCACAUUGUCAAAAAUUACUCAGAUUUCAAGCAGCUUUCAUCUAAUCUUAACAAGGAAUUCCCUGGUAAGGAGCUUCCUAAACUACCGAAUCGUAGUAAGGUCGGUCUCUCUACCACCAGUACAGCCAAAGCGUCCGAUGCUUCGGAUGGUGUCAGUGGGCCAGUAACCCCAAGAGAAAGAAUUGUUACGAGCUUCGACAAUAGCUCACCUGCUCCAGAAGAUAUUGCUUCUAAUACUGAGGGCGAAGAAUUUAAUGAUGGACCUGAUGAUUUUGACGAGUUUGAAGAUGCUACUGAAACUAUUACCAAUCAUCUUCCAAGGGAGAAAAUGAGAACGUCACUCAGGAAGUUCUUACGCUCUAUUGCCGAGGACAAAGAAACCGCCAAGAGCGUCUCCCUUCUGAAGUUUAUCAACACAGGCAGGUGGAAUGGUAGCCAGCUUCCGCUGCAAGUUGAACAAGAUAUAAAAAACAGAGAAACCGUGGAUCUCGAUAACUUACAGAAUGAGGUCGCCUUUCAGAAGCUGGCUUUUGAACAGACUUUAGAACUGCAGACUGCUAUGAAGGAGUUCAAAACAUUGAUCCUCAAAGACGAUCAGUACCUUCUCAAAUUGUUCAGGGAAAUAAAGGAAAAAGACUCUGUAGCAGAGCUUUCACCAACGCUAAAAAGUUUCAUGGGAUGGUGUAGAAUAAACUUGUCGGCCACAAUCUACACUACUUUUCUCGGAAGUGAUGGAGGCUACGAAAUCUUCACGCAAGUGAAACGGCUGCAUAAACUGCUUCCUUAUACUGUUAUGGUUCAAAUACUCAAGAUAGCCAACCCAAUGGCCAUGAUGAAAGGAAUGAUGGAUCUUUUCAUGGCACGUCCUUUUGGAGGCAAUUCUCUACUUCAGACAAUGUUUUCAUCUGUUCUCACUGACGAUUUGAAGUCGCAAUCUAAACUAGCAAAGGAAUUUGAGGACUUGAUUGGGAGCGAAAGCAAAUAUGGGCUCGAAAUUACCCAUAUGCUUUCUACAACGAUCUUUGAUAACGAAACUAGCAGUUUUGUCGACUUGGAAGAAAUUCACGAUGAAGCUUCGAGCAUGUCUAUGCCUCUAGUUCUUGUUCUCAUCAUGAAAUGGGGCGAAAAGGGUUAUGUAUCCCAGGAUGCUCUUGCUGAAGUUCUGGAAUCGUAUGCUUCAUGGAAAAAUCGGAAUACCGAGGAUCGCGACUUGACCAAAAUUGACUCUUCAGUCUCAAUUGCUGAUGUUCCAGGCCUCUAUUUCUCCCACUUGAAGGGUCUUUUCCAAAUAUACAUCCGGGAGCGAGACAAAAAGCUGAUGAAGCAGGUGUGGCAAGAUCCGGAACUGUCACAACUCCUUAAAUCCAUGGUUGCCCUUUUCUAUGAGCCGUUGGUUCGCAUCUUCCGCGUAGCGCGGGUAGAUGUAGCAUUCCGCAACUUUGAGAAAUUUAUGAACGAUUUAGUUUCUCUACUCGAUAAUGUUAUCAAUGGACAGGAAACAGUGACAACGAGUUCCAGUAUUGUGGACGCCAUCAACAAACUAGUCGAAAAACACGAAGACUCUUUAUUUCAGUUUAUUCACGAUAUUUGUAUCCAUGAUGAACAGAACACAUUUGAGAACAUGAUAACCUAUCUCACAACUAUCGUCAACUUUUUACAAAAAAGCAAGUUUGGGGAUGAAAAGGAUCGCCUUGAUUUGACUCAACUCGUUGAUAAAAGUAUCGAAAAUGGUGUAGAUGGUGUUAAAAUGAAAGAGCAAUUGCAGCAUUUGGUUGACAGUAAAAAAGCGUCGCGCCAACUAUAUCAAAAGAUUGUUGAGAGUCGAUUAUCAAAGAAGUCUAAGAGGGCACUGAAUAUAAAAGAAACCAUGGAUCAAAAAUGGCAAGAAUCAAACGAUGCCGCCAUGCCAAAUGCGAUAAGUGAAGUGGGGUUGCAAGAUGGCGAACUGGUUGAUCUCGACUUGGAUGUAGGUGACUUCACGUUUUUGCAAGAUAAUGAAGAGGACGCUCUACAGCGCGAUUAUCAAAAAGUUCUUGAAAAGGCGAUUGAUGUAAGUGAAAUCUCAAGGAUGACGGAGGUCGCGUUCAAAGGUAAGUUGGUGGAUUUACUAGGUCUAUAG